AUGAACUGCGAUGAUGCCGUCUCAGCCGCCGUACGUCUCGUCUGGGCGCUGGCACCCUUGCCGCGUUAACUUAGGUUCCGCUGAUAGAUCUCUUUUUUGUGGUUUGUCUGCGUGCCGAAGUUUCCGACACUUCGUUCACGCUGGUAUGCCCAACAUGCAGCCACCCGAGCAUCCUCUCGAUCCAUGCUUUUUAUCCGCGGCUAUCUCUGGCCAUUUGAGCUCGCUUCUGUUUACUAAGCCGACGGCAGAGUGGAGUGCACUUUAGUUAUACAUUCAUACACUCCCACUAUUGUGAGCGUGUAUGCGCUGGAUCGAUUCCUUUGCAUGUGCUGCGGUGUUCGUACGGUUUGCGUGCCUGUGCACCAGUGCAUGCCUGAGGGCCGGCUCUGCAGCAAGCAACACACACACAACACCUGCGUCUGCGUAGGCUACAGUACUGCCACAAACGCACACCACAAGCACAAUACGGGACCUUACGAAGGUGCUGGUGUGUGUGUGUGUGUGUGUGUGUGCUGGUGCAUGCAUGCUUGCGUGCUUCAUGGCGCAUCAUAUCUCUUUCUAUCAAGUUCCCUCUCCCUGUCUCUCAGCAGAGUAAAACAUAUAUUGUACUCUUCCUCGUUACAGGCAAUGUCGGCCGUUGCAACAGCAGUAGCAGAGGUACCACUUUUGGGAUGCGAGGCCGGUAACGCUGCCAGCAGCAAGAGGAGACCUCCCAAGUCGUCUUCAGGCUCACGCCGUCGCGCUAACGGAAACUUUCGUCAUCGUUCGACUCUGGAGAGAUGCAUAACCACCCUAACGGAAAUACCUAUUGCAGAUGGAAUAUCGCAGACAACCUUUCGCUUCUACCUGGGUGAACAUCAAUCACAGAUAUUUUACGGUGGGCUGAACAUCAGUCGCGUGGAUGGCUUGCCUCCCCUGAAACCUAUUCAUGUAGAACUGGGCAAACCAAUUCCUAUCGAUCUGCGCGAGGAAUUAUACAUGGAGCAUCCAGCAGCACCUUGUCUAGCUGUCCCCAUGCACAUAUUCAGGCGGUUUCGGAACUGUCGGAGUUCCCACUCGCAUAUGAAAAAACAUACGGAUUCUACUGUCCUGUCUUCGUCUGAACCUUGCGGCGUUGUUGUAGAUCCGAGUGCUCUUCCCACCCAGAUCUAUGAGAAUAUUGGUCUGGUGGAUUAUAACUCCUCUAACCAUACUCCGCCGUCCACCCUGCAUCCCCUCCCAUCUCUCCACCGAUCGACCACCGCCCUGAUCAGCCUGCGCGUCUACUUUCCCGUGCAGUUUAUGAACUCUGCCAACAUGCUGCAGGCCGUUACUGGUAGCCGCAAAAGAGUUCAUCUGUGUCCGGUGAGUAAUUUAACGCGUCCGUAUGCUUACCACACUUUUAUGUUCGACGGUCUCAUGGUAGUGAUCUUUAGCAGUCUGUCCCGAUUUCAGUGCAGAUGACGGGCGUUAAGUUCUACCUAGGAGGUCAUGGUCGCCUUUUCUCGGCCUAUAACGGGAGCAAAUAGUCCACUGCGCUUCCAUACAACUUACAUUAUUCCAGGUUACAACUAACAGCGUGAGCCCUUUGCUCAUCCUAUGUCUCCAUGACCGACCUAAUCUGGGGGGUUAAACCUCCGGUGUCUCAUGUCUGGGGUUGGCAUAUGACUAGCUGACAACUGAAAGUACGCUAGAAAUGGCUAUUCCAGUCUUCCUCGCCGUUGUGUGUAGUACCUCUCAAUUUCCACUGCAUCAGCCUUGUUGAAUGGUUCAACGUCGUCCAGUGUGCUCUUGCCGACGACCUACCCCAAAAUUUGUGUAUUGAGGUGGGGGAACACGUUGCACUCGAGAUAUUUGGACACUGACGGGGUGGCUGUGGCAACACUAGUAGUCGGCAUUCGUUAGGGGGAGGGAGGGGACACUGGUGCUUUUUUUAUCAACAGAACUUGGUUUCCGCGACACCGCCAGCCCAGGUGCAUUGGUGACUCGCGUUGUUGCCUCCUCCGCCCACGUCAGGGCGGUUCUCCAUGGUGGUGGUGGCAAAUCUAUCACCACCACGUCUAGUGUGACAACGUCUAAGCGCGAGUGCUGUCUCUCUCACUAUCACUGGCGUUAG